AUGUCGCAAUAUGAUCUUUAUUGGGUUCUUCUUUGUGCGUGUUUUGUUUUGAUUUUCUUUUCUUUCCUCUGCGUUCUCCGGCUUGUUCAAUCAAAUAUUGGGUCCGUCCCUUCCAUAUUGGACCAAGCUGCUGCUUCCACUAAAUCUUUCUCUCUCUCCUUCUCAAGGUUAGUGAUUGGCUUGGGGUCCAGAAAUCCUGAGGAAAUCCCAUGGGCUGAGGCUGGAGCUGAGUAUGUUGUCGAGUCUACUGGUGUUUUCACCGACAAAGACAAAGCUGCUGCUCACUUGAAGGGUGGUGCAAAGAAGGUUGUUAUUUCUGCUCCCAGUAAGGAUGCUCCCAUGUUUGUUGUUGGUGUCAACGAGAAGGAAUAUAAGCCUGAUCUUAACAUUGUCUCCAAUGCUAGCUGCACCACCAACUGUCUCGCCCCAUUGGCCAAGGUGAUCCAUGACAAAUUUGGCAUCGUUGAGGGUCUUAUGACCACUGUCCAUUUGAUGUUUCUAUUCUUUUAUUCAGCUACACAAAAGACUGUUGAUGGUCCAUCAAUGAAGGACUGGAGAGGCGGUAGAGCUGCUUCUUUCAAUAUCAUUCCCAGCAGCACUGGAGCUGCCAAGGCUGUUGGCAAAGUUUUGCCGGCAUUGAAUGGCAAGCUGACUGGAAUGGCUUUUCGCGUUCCCACUGUUGAUGUCUCUGUGGUUGACCUCACUGUGAGACUUGAGAAGAAGGCUACCUACGAGGACAUUAAGGCUGCAAUCAAGGCGGAAUCUGAAACUAACUUGAAGGGAAUUCUUGGUUAUGUAGAGGAAGAUUUGGUCUCAACUGACUUUGUUGGAGACAACAUGUCAAGCAUUUUUGAUGCCAAGGCUGGAAUUGCUUUGAACGACAACUUUGUUAAGCUGGUUGCAUGGUAUGACAAUGAGUGGGGUUACAGUUCCCGCGUUAUCGACUUGAUUCGACACAUGGCUUCUGUUUAAGCUUAGCGAGUGAUU